AUGGCAAAGAAGUUAGUUCCUUUACUAACCUGCAGUAACAUCUCAAAGGUGGACUUCUGUCCAUCAAGAAAAUUUGUGAGAGACACAUAUCAUGGAAAGCAUUUUAAGCAUCAUAACAUUAUUCCAACAAUAAAUGUUAUAGACUACUGCAAACUGCAAAAGAAAGUANUCCUUACCGAGCCUGAUUUAGCAAGCUAUAGUGUUAUAAUGAUUGACGAGGCUCAUGAAAGAACAUUGUCAACGGAUAUCCUGUUUGGGUUAAUAAAAGAUGUAGCUCGUGCUCGACCACAUCUCAAGUUACUUAUAUCUAGCGCCACCCUUGAUGCAAAGAAGUUUAGUGAUUAUUUUGACUGUGCUCCGAUUUUUAAUAUACCUGGAAGGCGAUUUCCGGUUGAGAAACAUCAUUCAAAAGCACCAAUCUCUGAUUACUUGGAUGCAGCAGUAGUUACUGCACUUCAGAUUCAUGCAACUCAACCACAGGGUGAUGGUGAUAUAUUAAUCUUUUUGACGGGGCAGGAGGAGAUUGAAACAGCUGAGAAUAUUAUUAAUCGCCGAAUAAGAGCUUUGGGAACGAAAAUAGCUGAGUUGAUACCCUGUCCAAUAUAUGCAAACUUACCAACUGAACUACAAGCCAAGAUAUUUGAGCCUACUCCUGAAGGGGCUCGUAAAGUUGUCCUGGCUACAAAUAUAGCUGAGACAUCAUUGACGAUUGAUGGGAUCAAGUAUGUUAUUGAUACAGGGUUUUGUAAGAUCAAUUGUUACAACCCUCGAACUGGAACUGAGUCAUUGAUGGUGGCUCCUAUCUCAAAGGCAUCUGCCAACCAACGUGCUGGUCGAUCAGGACGAACAACCCCUGGAAAGUGCUUCCGGUUAUAUACUGAACAUAGCUACAUGAAUGAUUUGGAAGAUAACACAAUUCCAGAAAUACAAAGGACUAACCUUGCAAAUGUCGUGCUCUUACUCAAGAGUGUAGGGAUUACCGACUUGCUGAACUUUGACUUCAUGGAUUCUCCACCAGCUGAAGCUCUACUUAAAGCCCUGGAACUGUUAUUUGCACUUGGUUCCCUUGAUAAGGAUGGUAAGUUAACCAAAGUGGGGGAAAGAAUGUCCGAGUUUCCUUUGGAUCCAAUGCUUUCCAAGAUGAUAGUUGCAUCUGAUAAGUACAAGUGCUCAGCUGAGAUAAUAAGUAUUGCUGCAAUGCUUUCUGUCGGGAAUUCAAUCUUCUAUCGUCCAAAGGACAGACAAGUCCAAGCUGACAAUGCGUGGAUGAACUUUCAUGCUGGCAAUGUGGGAGAUCAUAUUGCUUUGCUUAAGGUUUACAAUUCCUGGAAGGAAACAAAAUUUUCAACUCAGUGGUGCUAUGAGAAUUACAUCCAGGUCAGAAGCAUGAAAAAGGCUAGAGAUAUCCGAGAUCAGUUAGAAGGUCGGCUUGAAAGGGUUGGAAUUGAUUUGACUUCAAAUGUUAAUGACUUGGAAGCUAUUAAGAAGUCUAUAAUAUCAGGAUUUUUUCCCCACUCAGCAAGGCUACAGAAGAAUGGAGCUUAUCGAACUGUUAAACAUCCCCAGACAGGUUACAUUCAUCCAAGCUCGGGUUUAUCACAGGUACUUCCUAGAUGGGUUGUCUACCAUGAGCUGGUCCUGACAACUAAGGAGUACAUGCGGCAGGUAACUGAAUUGAAACCAGAAUGGCUUGUAGAAGUAGCUCCUCACUAUUAUCAGUUAAAAGACGUUGAAGACUCAAGCUCAAAGAAAAUGCCUCGUGGAAUUGGCCUUGCAUCUUCUAAAUAGUUCUGUAUUAGAU